AUGGAUUAUCCGGACGAUGGGCAGGGUGGCUCAGUGAGCAUGAUGGCUCAAGAAGCCCUAGAGAAGGCAAAGACAGCGAUGUCAGUCUCUCAGUUGAGAGACGCCGACAGCAAAGCCACCAAGCUCUUAGGAGAUAUUACGGCAGGCCUGUGCGAAAUCUCUGACUUGAGACGCGCCCAGCAAUGGAUUGAAUCUAUCGGAAAGCUGCAAGGUGAAAAUCAGAUGCCACGCUUCGUCAUUGGUGUUCUAGGCGACACAGGCUCCGGAAAAAGCUCUUUGAUCAACGCUGUUCUGGACGAGGAGAGAGUCGUACCAACGAACUGCAUGAGAGCCUGCACUGCAGUGAUCACUGAGAUAUCGUGGAAUAUUUCGGAAGACUCAACCAAAAAGUACCGAGCGGAAAUCGAAUUCAUCACUCAGGCCGAGUGGACUAAGGAGGUCCUGACUCUCCACCGAGAUAUCAUUGACAGCGAUGGUAGACUUUCAGCGGAUAUUCACAAUCCUGAUACUGACGCUGGGAAUGCUUAUGCUAUUUUGAAGGCCGUGUAUCCAGGACACACCAAUGAGAUGCUGAGGGAAACAGACUCUGCUGUUCUGGCGAACUACACAAAGGUUCGGGAAGUGACCGGGCGCACAAUCUUGGUCGAGGAAGAGAAGUGCGACAAGUUCUAUUCAGGCAUACAAGCAUAUGUCGAUUCUGAAGAGAAACAAGGAAAGAAAGCGGACGACACGCCGCCAAAGGAGCCGACGAUGGCGUUUUGGCCGUUGAUCAAGGUUGUGCGCGUGUUUUUGAAGUCUGAAAUCUUAUCAACCGGUGUUGUCCUCGUAGAUCUGCCUGGUGGUCGCGACUCCAACGCUGCUCGAGCUGCCGUUGCUGGGAAGUACGUCAAAGAGUGUUCUCGGCUGUGGAUUGUUGCCCCUAUCACUCGGGCCGUGGACGAUAAAACAGCCAAAACGUUGUUGGGUGACAAUUUCAAACAGCAGCUGAAGUACGAUAGUUCGUACACGAAUAUCACCUUCAUUUGCACCAAAGCAGACGACAUCUCUAUUGAUGAGGCGGCUUUCAGCUUGGGCAUUGAAGACUUCAUUGCACAUGAACAACAGCAGUCUAGCGCCAUGAAAUUGGAUAUUGACGUCAAGAAACAAGAAUUGAAGUCACUAGAGACUGAGAAGAAAAGCCUUCAUAUACGACAGAAGAUGGUUAGCUCGGAAUUCAAGACCUGGCGUGGUCUUCACUUACAGACCUCCAACGGGACAGUAGCGUAUGCUCCUUUCGCAUCCCCAAGCAAGCGAAAGCGCCAGACCGCCACUUUAGAGAAGCAAAGCGAUGGAGCUGCAAAUGUGAAAAAGGAACCUCUAUCGAGCGAGACAGAGGAAGACAGCAGCGACUCAGAUAUGAAUGCCGAUGACCUUGAUGAGCCCGAAUGUCUCUCCAAGCCUCUGACAGCCGAGGAGACACUUGCGAAGGUCGAUGAGCUGAAGGCAUUAAAGAAAACUAUCAAGAAUGAGAGAAAUAACAUCGGAAAGCAGAUCUCCCAGCUCAAAGCUAGCAUCAAGAAACUCAAUAUUAACCUAGCAACCACGAAGACCAGCAUGUAUCAGGAGUGUAUCCGGGGGCGGAAUAUUUAUUCUCGCGCAGCAAUCAAGCAAGAUUUUGCUUUUGGAAUGAAGGAGUUCGACGAUGAGAUUCUCGCAGACUCGCAGGAAGACACUCAACAGCUACAGGCAGACCAGCCGGACUACAACAAGAUUGGACAAGAUCUUCCAGUCUUUUGCAUCAGCAGCCGCGGUUACCAGCAGCUCCGAGGAAGAAUGAAGAAAGACCGUCGCGUUGCAGGAUUCGUUUCCCUUGAUGACACCGAAAUUCCGGCCCUCCGAGAGCACACUCUAGAAUUGGCUAACAGAAUCCAAGUUAGACAUUUCAAGCAUCACAUGAGCGAAAUUUCUCGCUUGCUGGGCAUGAUGGACCUUUUCAUCGCCGGUGACAUGGCCUCCACAGCUUUGUCAAGUCAAGAGAAGGAGGCAGAAACCCAGUACCUGCAGAAGUCAUUGGAGAAGCUUGGAACGACACUCGGAGAACUUCUCUCUACUUGUAUGAAAGAAUGUCGCUCGAUUGUCAAGAAGAACAUUAUCAAGCGGACACGGGAGGGAGUGUUGUUUGCCUCUGCCAAGGCUAUCAACACCGCGAAAGGCUGGGGAGCGAAGCCUGAUGCUGGUGGACUUCGAUUUAUGACAUACAGAGCUACUUGUCGCCGCGGUGGCGUAUUUAAGGGUGUCGCUGGACUUCGUGAUUUUAACGAAGAACUUCUUAAGCCUUUGAAGAACCACACAGCAUACCAAUGGGAUCAGGUAUUCAACAAGCGGAUCCCUGAGAAGCUUGAAAGGUUUGCAGCCUCCUGCAAACAGUUGAUUGAUGCCUUCAACGAACGUAUGAAGGGCCGCCGCUUCCUCGCCGAGAAUGGCGAUUUAGUCCAAAAUAUUGUGGCUAAGCAUCUCGCCGGGCAAAACGAGACGUUGGCGCAUAUGGCAGCUAAACAUCUUACGGUACUGAAAAACAAUCAGCGAGACGCAAGUCGUCUGUUCUAUCCUGCUAUCUUGGGCGUUAUGCAACCCGCUUAUGACAUCUGCACCCAGCAAACAGGAGUUGGUGCUCUCAUGGCCCUAAAAGGAAUCAUGGAGAGCCAUGUCGAAUCCUCACAAAACACCAUGUUCAAGAAUGCUGCUAACAAGGUCGACAAUGCUGUUAAUGAAACUAUCAAAAGCCUAGACGUGAUAAUCCUGCAGGACUUGAACAGUAUCAUAUCCACUAUGGAUGAGGAUUAUUCGGGGCUCAUUGGUGCCGUCGUUACGGAGGCAGACAACCGCGCUCGAAAGACGCUCGGCCCUGUGCUCCGAAGCUUCUACCAGAAUUUGCUUCUUGCACUAACUGCGGUUGAGGAGGAUGAAGCUGUCAUCGAAAGUUGUGAGGUUGACUAUGUUGAGCAGGAUGAUGGCGACUCAUCCUACCACGAUAGUGACUGA